UAGACAAACCAACGUUUGGAGGGCGCUGUUAGCUGCACCGUUAGCUAACUCCAAAUCUCGAUAAAUAAGGAAAAUAAAAGAGUAACAGGGCUAAAGAAGAAGCUGUCGGUGAGCCAGUUCUUCACGGCGUUCACGCUGUCACUGUUGGCAGAUUUACGGCACGUUUAUUAACUUCAGCUUUAGUUUAACUCCAGAUGCAUAAUAUCAUCUACAUCUGAAAUGUCGGAACAAAAACUAAGUGAAGCGCACAGGACCAAAGAAGAGGAGGACGAAAACACGGGAACUAACACUGAACCAAGUGGAGACACUGCAGAGGAGCCGCCAGAGGAAGACGGAGAGCCGGGAAAGGACGAGGAGGGGUUGCAGGCCGUCGGCUCGCCCCCAGGUGGGCCUGGGUCACUGGAGGAAAACAAAGGAAACAAUGUGCUGGAGACUGUGGAAGAAACUGCAACUCAGGCAGAUUUGCUGGAUGAUGCUGUACAGCUUAAAGAGCUCCAGAUACCCCAAAUGGCAGAAAAUAUUGGAAACUCUACAGCUACAGUGAAGGUGGUGCUAGUGCCGGACGGUCAUGUCAUGACUGUGGCUUUUGCCAUCGGCCUCAGCAUUCAGGAGUUGAAGUGCCACCUUGCCUCAGAGCUCAGAGUCCCUGUGGAGGUGCUGCAGAUCUCUCUGGAUGGCAGAGUGGUGGAGGAGCAGCAGAGCCUGAUGGAGCUCGGUGUCCGGCCUCACAGCUCCACCCGGAUGGAGAUGAGCUCCACUGACCCAAGCUCCCACCCACUCUGCCCUCUUCGGCCCCAAGAGCAUGACAGCAUGAGGGACGUUAUUACUGUUGAAGUCCUCACAGAUGAAGGCUUAUUCCAGGAGGUGGUGGUGGAGAUUGAGCGCCCUCGCCAGCAGAAGGCCUUCCUGGGUGGCUACAGGCACCGGCUGACAGGAGCAGAGUACCAUCAUGCCGCCAUCCAGACGCUGCCCAAGAGGAGACUUGACAGAGGAGUGGUCACCUUCAGCCACGACACACAAACAGUACAGCUGAAGUCUCAGGCUCAGCAAUGUCCAGUCAGCGUCGCCACCCAGAUGACUGGGAUCAGCUGUUACAUCUCCUGCAUGAAUGAUGAGCUGGUCACUCCCAGGAAGUACACCACUGCUGAUGAGUACCAUGACAGGAGGCUGAGGGCUGUGAUCUGUCUGCAGUCAUUUACUCGUCGCUGGCUGGCCCAGCAGGCAGUGGAUAGGCUGAAGAAGGAGCGACAGCGCCGACUGACCUGGCUGCAGAUGCAGGAGAGGAAGAGGAGAGAGGAAAAGGAGGAGCAGCUGAGAGACCGCCGUCAGCGCUGGACGAACCCAGAGAGGAGGGAGGACCUCAACCUGCUGUACCAUGCUCUAGAGAAGUGGAGGAGAGAGGAGGAGCAGCAGAUCAACUCAUUCCUGCGAGGAGCUGAGAGGAAGGCAGCUCUGUGCUUGCUGCUAGAGCAGGAGACUGAGCUUAUCGCUACUAUUGGACGCCAUCAUAUCACCUUCCAGAACAACAACUACGACAAAAUCAUCCAGCACCUCCUGGACAAGGCUGUAGCCCCUCAUCAGUGGCGAGCAGCAGAUGGUCGUCUGAUUGAGAUGGACAAUCUACACACCAUCAGAGCCAGAGAGCUCCGAGAUCUCUACAGCAACAUCAGCCUGUUCACUGUCAGCCAGGAGCAGAGAAGCCACAUCCUGAUGACACUUAAACACACUGUCAACGAGCACAAGUGCCUGCUGACCCGAGACAUCGUGGAUUUGAUAGACAGGGAGGUAGAUCUGAUGAAGCGAGGAGUUCAGACGAGAAAUCUAGAGGGGUUGAGGAAGAGGAUCUGUACUCUGUUCCUCCAGUACAUCAAAACACAAGCGUUCAACCCUGCGGUGUCCAAGCUGCUGAAGGCGAGGAAAGAGUCCUGCUUGUCUGUGAUUGUAUGUUUGACACUUGAAAAUGAAUAUCACUGUGUAACUAGGUGUCUGUCCCAGGUUCCACAGAAUCCCUCAGAGCUGAAUAAGGAUGUGCUUCUCUGCCGCUCCUGCCAACGUUACCUGCGCUCUACCAAUUUCAUUGCAUUUGCCAAAGGUCUAAGCACUCGCUGCAAGGACUGCACCAGACUUGACAAUAUAGCUAGACCGCGCAAUGACUUCUCUUGCUACCAGAGCAUCCUGAGGAGGCUGAUAGUUGCUGAACAGCAGCUCAGCAAGGAAUCCAAGAUCCCCUUCCUGCUGAAGGUGGAGGACAUUCGGUACCUGAUAGAGGUGGUCUGGUUGUCUCAGUCAGCCCUCAAUGCCAGCAGCGACCUCUACAACCUGAUGCUUGUUCGCUGGGAGCAUCAGAAGGAUUGGAGCCCUUGGAACUGCAUACUGCUGUCAAAAGAGGAGGCUUCAGCUCACUUUGAGGUGGAGGAUGUCAACAAGGCUUACGAGAUGACGUUCAUACACAAGGUUAAACAUAAACAUAGACUAGCUCAACGCUACUUCAGCCAGAUAUCCAUCAUGGCUGAGUACCUGGACUCAGCUGCUCCGCCAGCUGCUGCGCUGAGCAACCAACUCCUUUCCAAGCCCAUCACCAUGGCAACACACAGACUUGCCACUGAUCCUUCACCAGACUCUGCUCAUUGAGAAACACGUGUGGUUUUCUUUCUUCUGUGAUGGUUUCCUCUUAUUGCCUGUAACUUUCUACAAACAUUCCAAAUGAAUAUAGUUUCUCUUUUAUGGCAGCUGAAGUAUUUUCUUUUACAAACAAAUGCCAUUUAAAUGUGUCAAAUUCAAUUGAUCACAAAUAAAGAGUGCUGAAUGAGAAAAA